GGUGUUACCUGCAGAUGGGGGUGACGGGGGUGGGCACGGCCGCCGCCCCCUCCUUCCCCCUCUACUGCCUCCUGCGCUUCCUCACCGGGCUCGCCAUGGCCGGGGUGUCCCUCAACUCCGCCUCCCUCUGCAUGGAGUGGAUCCCGACGGAGGCGCGGGCCGUGGUGGGCACCAUCAACGGCUACAGCUACACCCUGGGGCAGUUCGUGUUGGCCGGCGCCGCCUUCGCCCUCCCGCGCUGGCGGCAGCUCCAGCUCGUCGUGUCCCUGCCCUUCUUCCUCUUCUUCCUCUACUCCUG